GCCACGGCCCGAGGGUCCGUGCGGCCUCUUCCCCUCUCCUGCCCUUCCCGCGCCAGGCCGCCCUCUCUCCGUGGCCGCCCAGCGCCGUGCCCUGCUGCCGCCUCCGCCUGAGGGCCUCGGGCCGCCGGCCGUGCGCCCUGGGUGGGCCCAGCGCGGCACGCGCCCCCGGGUGCCGUGCAGGGCUCGCGGAGCCGGCUGGAGAGCUGGCGCCGACGGCGCCGUGGCGCACGGUGCGAGGGGCGCGGCGGGCCCGAGGAUUCGUGACGUGGGCGAUGCAGACAUGGCCCCGACGGCAGCCACGGAGGGCGUCUGUCACCGCGUGCGCCUGCCUUGGCUGGGGGCGAGCCAGCUCGGCGUGCAGGUCCUGAUUUCCUUUGCGCUUGCAUCCUGCACGGCUCCUGCUCCAGCUGGCUACCCUUAGUGAGGAGGGCCUUAUUCCAUAUCGCGACUUACUGCUGCUGUGGCCGCCGCUUGCUCUUGGGCUUCAUUGGGCGCCGUGGGGGGCAGGCUUGUGGAGGUGCUUUUAGGCCUGGUCAGUAGCCCGGGUGACGGCGCGCGUGCCUGCAGAGGUGUGGUGGUUGGAGCGCGGGAGCCAUGGCAGCCGCGCGUGCCCAGUGUGCGGCACGGGACUUGGGGUGCCCGCGGUGUCUGGCGCCGGCCUCAAGGAAUCGGUUGGCGAGUGCGUGGGGCUUCGUGGACUGCGCGACGCCUGCGGCGGUGCGUGGGUGCCAGCCAGUCGCCCCAGGGCGUUGAUCAGGAGCUGGCUGAGAAGUGCCGGUUUAUGGGGCUGACUGCGCGGGCUUGGGCGCGGUGCGCGCGGGGACAUGCAGGCGGCGGCGG